AUGGCCUUUGUCAUGGCCUCAGUGGACCCAUAUUCUGACUACUCGAAUGAGACGGACGAAAACAACUCGUUGCCCAGAAACUGGACUGAGGAGGACGACGAGUAUUAUUACGAUGACUACUACGAAGACCAGCCUGAGCUGAGGAAGUCCCUAAACAUCAUGUCACUUGUCGUCUAUUCUCUGGCGUUUGUCUUGGGUGUGCUGGGGAAUGGUGUGGUGAUCUGGGUGACUGGAUUUAAAAUGAAGAAGACUGUGAAUACCGUGUGGUUCCUGAACCUGGCGGUGGCUGACUUCCUAUUCACAGCAUUUCUGCCUCUAAGCGUGGCCUACACAGCCACGGAUUUCCACUGGCCCUUUGGCAGGUUCAUGUGCAAAGUCAACAGCACCCUGAGCACGCUGAACAUGUUCUCCAGCGUUUACAUCCUCGUCGUGAUCAGUGUGGACCGCUGCAUUUCUGUGGUGAAGCCGAUCUGGGCACAAAACCACCGAAGCGUGCAAAGAGCGUCAGCAGUGAGCCUUGUCGUCUGGUUCCUGGCCCUGGUGCUCAGUUCGCCCUCCUUUGUGUUCCGGGACAUCGCUCCCGGUAUGAAGAACGGCACUAUCGUCUGUUUCAACAAUUACGCCUCCUCGGACGACCAUUCCCCCGAAGUGGUGGCAUUGAGGUCAAUGCGCCACUGUGUCAUGAUCAUAACCCGUGUCAUACUUGGCUUUGUGGUGCCAUUUGCCAUCAUUGUGUCCUGCUAUGCCGUCAUCAUUCAUCGACUCAGGACGAGCCGCUCAAUGUCGGGACGAACUGGACGACCCUUCAGGAUAAUUGCGGCUGUUAUCACUGCGUUUUUUGUGUGCUGGGCACCAUUUCACAUCAUGGCGAUCAUUGAGAUGAUUAAUCAUAUGAAGCCAGAGUCAGAUUUCAGUCCAACUCUUCACCAUGUCACAAUGAUUGGGUUUCCGAUUACCAGCAGCCUGGCCUUCCUUAACAGCUGCCUGAACCCCUUGCUGUAUGUCUUCAUGGGUCAGGAUUUCAAGGACAAGGUGUGCAAGUCCAUCCUGAAGGUGCUGGAGACAGCGUUCACAGAGGAAGUGUCUCGCACCAACACGUACACCAACUCAAUGCUCACCAGCCGCAGUAAGCAAAAGUCAUUUUCCGAUGCAGAGGUGUGAGUUAUUGCGUAGGUCCUUAUCAGGGACAUGUGAAGUCUGUGUCACUUCUCAAGAACAACCACUUUGGCCCAACGAAAGCAUCAGACUACAAACACAGUGCUGGGGUGUGAUAUGUGAGCUUGAGCUGUAAAUAACUGUUUAUUUGAUCAGUUCUGUAUCUUCACGUUGUGAUCCUCCAUGCAGUAGCCUGAUAUGAAAUUGGGGUCACAAGGGAUUAGUAUGAAAUACUAUUAUAGUAUAUAGCAUAUAUCCACAUGAGUGUUGCAGUGUGUCGCUUGUGCAAUAAAAAACUGACUGAAGUCAGCCUUGUUUGUUUGUUUGUUGUUUGUUUGUUAUAGACUCAUUGAACCAUCUGUAAUUGAAGACAUUUUAUACAUUGAAGGUGCAUAUAAACUACAUGCACUUGAAUUCAGAACUGCUCUUGAAGGUUCACAGAAGUGUACUGUGGGUGACCCAGUCACGCCCUACAGGAGUUUUCAACAGACAGCAACCUGGGUAAUUGCACUGAAUAAAACCUGAGACAUAACAUUCCGCUUUAGAUAGGUUUGGAGGGCUUCCAAGACUUACUCCGCACACCUACUAAUGUGGUGAAAUGUGUUUUUUUUUUUUUUUUAAAUGGCCCCCAGGUCACAGGCUGUGCUAUCACAAGCAAAACAGUAUGUUAGUUAAUGCUGUGGAAAGAACAAAGAUCAAGUUAAUCAAAUCAAAGACCCAUUUAAAUUGGAUGUAACCUUGAAUGGGGGGUGUGCGUUAUUAGCCAGCCCCAAAGUUUGACAAGCUGCAGCACAAAAAUGAACCCCUGAGUGAUCUUUCCCUCUUUCUGGUGACAUUGAACAGGUACAGAAUGUCAGUUUGGAAAUUAUCAUAUAUAGCCUCGUCUCUGAAUAAAAUGUAGAGUCUGUGCUUUUUACAAAUACAUAAAAAGGGCUGAAAUAGAGAAACAAAGUAAGGUGCACAGUAAUAUUAAUAUGGGGAACACUGUAUAUGUAUUAUUAUCAUCCAGAAAUCCAGAAGCAUUUUCAUGUUUUGACAACCAAAACUACACCU